CAAGGACGUACCACGAAAAAAAUGCGCAUCGCGGUAAGAAUAUCGACGCCAGAAAUGGCAUUGGUAGCCAGCGCUUCUCAUCGGAUGGAUGAGUAUAAAAGAGCCGGAGAGUUGAUCAUCAUCAGCAAUAUCAUCCUCGAACUCUGAGCAGUUCUUUUCACUCUCUCCAGCAACGACAUUAUGAAGUUUAAGAUCGCUUGCGUUUUGCUGCUCGCUGUGGCCGUUCAAACCCAGUUUAUCGGCGGUUACACUGGCUACCCAUCACUGCUACCCGCUGCUACCUCCAUGCAGUGGCUCCCACAGGGCCAGCCAUUCCCGUCCAUUUUCAAUCCCGUUUAUCCCCAUCAAUUUGUCAACUAUCGUGGAAUUGCUGUAGGUAGCGCCGGCGCUCCUUGGUAUUUCUACAAUCCUUCUGCAUCCUAUCCGCAAACUGUUCAAGUCUCUGCCGAUGUCAAAGACGCCGGUGCUAAUACUGGGGCUGCAGGUUCGACCCGCACUCGGCGCCAAAUUCAACUGCGUUAUGGUAGUGGAAGGCGUGGGCGCAGUUUGAAUGCUGAAAUGAUUGAACCAGAGACAUCACCUGACACUCAAUGGAAGAGCGUCGACUCCGCCCCAUCCCGCACCAAGCGUCAAAUUCAAUUGCGUUAUGGCAGUGGAAGGCGUGGACGUAGUUUGAAUGAAAUGGUUGAACCCGAGACUGAUGGAAGAGACUACGAGAGCGUCACUUUUAACGAUCCAUCCCGAGCAAAGCGUCAACUUCAACUACAUAGGAAAGGCUUCGGCGUCUUUAGAAGAGGCCGAAGUUUGAAUGAACCUGUUCAAUUUGAAUUAGACCGCGCAAAGCGUCAAAUUCUGUUGCGCUACAGGAGCAGCGCUAGAAGGAGACUGCACGGAAGAAGCUUGGACACCCUCUGGACUACGGCCUAAACUGCUGCCCCGUCUGUUUUCCCUAUUUCGGCCAAUAUAAGCACAGACCAUGCUCAAUUGCCCAAUGUAAAGGCAGUCGAACAAAUAAGCGUCAAAGUUGUAUCUCAUUUGAAUCUCAAAACUGACAAAUUAUUGUAUUCGACUCAGAGCAUCUAUAGCCACUAUAUAUUGUUAUGUUAUUUGGCUGAAAUACAUUUUUAUUCAGGACUAUAA